GUUGUGGGCAGACAUUGGGUGUGUAGUGACAAUUCCGUCAGCUUUGGCAGAAGUCUCUUCCCUCCAGUUUCUCUGCCUCUCUGUUCAGAUAAGAGAGAACACAGCUAUGAGCUACACCAGCACCCUCAGAAUCCAGCUGGAUAAACCCCUCCUGAGGGACACAGACAGGGGAGAUUCUUGCCAGACUGAGAAUGGAACUGGGAGUCCUUACUACAAAGAACGUUUAUCAGCCAAAGAGGGAGAAGAUGAGAAAUCCAUUGGGGAGUCCAAACAACCUGGGGCUUUACACGUGCAGACAGUGAGGAAGGAAGGCAGAUGUGCAGCUGGCACACAAACAGAAAGGAGAAAAGUGACAUCGGUAGAGAUGUUUUCCAGUCGUGCAGUAACAACAUCUGACCGCUUCCUUACCCUUAUACUUGAGCUUUCUCCUCAGAAUGGCAGUGGUUUAUAUGUCCGAAGAGUAUUGCGCCCAGAUACCACCCUGACUGUGCUAUCUACUGCAAGGGAAAACAAGACUCCCAUGAGAGAGGAAAGCACUCAUGUGGGAAAAACCAACCCGAUGCCACUGUCAGCAACAACAGUUCCAAAGGAAAGUUCCUCCACUCAGCCGAGUGCUCCACCUUCGAGGUUCGAGUCUCCUUCUACCAGCAUAACACAUGGACCAGUUUCCCCAAAACGAAAACCUAACAAAACCGGGGACAGUCUUAAGAUUGUGGAUGGUGUAGACCAGAUAAAAGCACGGGUGGGGGACAAGGUAGAGCUGCACUGUGGAAUUCAAGGCACAACACCAAUAGCUGCCACCUGGCUAAGAAACAAGAAACAGGUCACAGAAGGCCCAAGAAUAUCAGUUCACACAUCUGACAUGGAGAGCCGACUGGUUAUCGACCAGGUUUGUGAGGAUGAUUCUGGCUGUUAUACACUUUAUGUACAAGACCGGACCGGAAACGUUCAGCACCACACUAGCCUCACUGUUGUAGAGCACCCCUCUCCACCCUCAGGAAAGCCACUUGUGUCAGCCACGCAACCUUCCUCUUUGACUCUCUCAUGGUCGGGGCCAUGUUAUGAUGGUGGCAGUGCUGUGGUCAGCUACUGGAUUGAAAUGAAAUGCACUAAGAAGGAGGAAGAUGGUUGGAAACUGCUCACAGACUCCUGUGUUAACACUUCCUAUCGAGUAGAAGAAGGCUUGCAACCCGGAGGCCAAUACCAGUUCCGUGUGCGAGCAGCUAAUGCCCAUGGAGUGAGUGAGCCAGGGGAGGAGUCAGACAUCGUUGCCAUGUUGUGUGCUGGCGAUGAGGAAACCGAGGGUGAAGGAUCAAAUGGAUACACUAAUGUCUCCGUCAACACAACAGAGCACUUUAAUGACUUCUACAUACAGCUGGAGAAGUUGGGAAUGGGUAAGUUUGGGCAGGUGUACAAGCUGAAGGAGAGAUCUACCGGUAAGAUCUGUGCAGGGAAGUUCUUUAAGGCACGGACUCAGAAGGAGAUACAGGGUGCACGUGUAGAGGUGGAACUGAUGAACAAACUUCACCACCCUCAACUGGUGCGCUGCUUGUCUGCUUUCCAGGAACCUGGGCGUGUGGUCAUGGUGCUGGAAUAUAUUGCAGGAGGAGAGUUGUUUGAACGUAUUGUGGCAGAUGACUUUGAGCACACGGAGGUCAUGUGUGUUGAAUACAUAUGCCAAAUUCUGAAUGGGGUGGCAUAUAUGCACCACCAGAGCAUCGUUCAUUUGGACCUCAAACCUGAGAAUAUUAUCUGCCUUAACACAGUCAGCAACCAGGUCAAAAUCAUUGACUUUGGUUUGGCAAGAGAGCUGGAUCCCCAUGUCCCAAUGAAAGUGCUACAGGGCACGGCUGAGUUUGUGGCUCCAGAGGUCAUUGCCUUUGAACCAGUUGGGUUUACUACAGACAUGUGGAGCCUUGGUGUCAUCUGUUAUAUCCUGCUAAGUGGGGACUCCCCAUUCCAGGGUAACAACGACAUGGAGACUAUGCAAAAUAUCACAUCUGCUUGUUGGGAUUUUGAUGAUGAAACGAAUGCUCUUUUGUCUGAAACAGCCAAGGACUUUGUAAAGCGACUGUUGCAGAAGAACAUGAGGUCCCGACUCACUGCAGUUCAGGCCCUGGACCACCCUUGGGUUCAGCACAAAUGUGUUUCCAAGACCAAGACCCUAUCAAAAGAACGCAUCAAGAAGUUUCUGGCAAGGCAGAAGUGGCAGAAAACGGGCAAAGCUGUGCUGGCUCUGAACCGGAUGGCGCUGCUUAGUGCCAAGUCUGACAACAAUACAACCUCAACACACACAGACGGUAGCCAUGACUGCCAGCAAGUCUCUAUGCAUCUCCAAGAGCAACUCCAGGCUGCCCCAGUCUUUUCUACUCUAUUAAAGGACCAGGUGGAGGUAGUUGGCAGCACAGCGCGUUUCCAGUGCCACAUCGAGGGAUUCCCAGACCCAGAAGUGCUGUGGUUUCAUGCUGGGAGCCCAGUUCAAGAAUGCAGACGUCUGCAGAUUGAGUAUGAAGAUACCGGUAGCUGUGCUCUCAUUAUAUCAGACGUUCUCCUGACAGAUUCUGGUGUUUACACCUGCCGAGCCUCAAACACCCAGGGGGAGAUUGAAAGCUCUGCCAAAUUAACUGUUCACUCCCUGCUGGCAGAACGGCGGGCAAAAGAAAGCACUCAAUAGGCUAUCUGGUGUGGGCAAAAUUACGGUAACAAAGCCAUGCUUGGGACCUGGAUUCUGGGGGGGUACCAAUGGGAUCAAGUAUAUCCACUGCUAAAUCCUAUAAACAUUCGGCAGUGGAUCCAAUAUACUACACAAUGCAAUAGCAAUGUCUUGUUAUGGAAUGGCCCCAACUUUUUCUUUAGCCCCUUAAACUAAUAGAAUCAGCUCUGUUUUACUGAUUGGUGAGAUUUUUUUGUCAGUGUAGGGUGCAUAGAAAAAAUGUAUUUGUAUACAGUGGGUGCUAUAAUAAACACUUUUGCACUAAA